AGUGAUGAAUACGGAAGUGGUUUGCUGUUGCCGAGGGGACGGGUCAGGCAGAUGCCAACAUGGCAGCUGUUGGGUCUGGCAGUUCGGCGGGGCCAGGGGCGGUUUCCGCGGGGGCGUUGGAUCCUGGGACGGCGAGUGCGGCUCACCGGCGCCUCAAAUACAUCUCCUUAGCCGUGCUGGUGGUCCAGAAUGCCUCCCUCAUCCUCAGUAUCCGCUACGCCCGUACACUGCCUGGGGACCGCUUCUUUGCCACCACAGCCGUGGUCAUGGCGGAGGUGCUCAAAGGCCUUACCUGCCUGCUGCUGCUCUUUGCACAAAAAAGGGGUAACUUGAAGCACCUGGUCCUCUUCCUCCACGAGGCUGUCCUGGUGCAGUAUGUGGAUACUCUCAAGCUCGCCGUACCCUCGCUCAUCUAUACCUUGCAGAAUAACCUCCAGUAUGUCGCCAUCUCGAACUUGCCAGCCGCCACUUUCCAGGUGACGUACCAGCUGAAGAUCCUGACCACAGCGCUGUUCUCCGUGCUCAUGCUGAAUCGCAGCCUCUCCCGGUUGCAAUGGGCCUCACUCCUGCUGCUCUUCACAGGCGUUGCCAUCGUGCAGGCCCAGCAGACUGGUGGCGGGGGUCCCCGGCCCCUGGAUCAGAACCCCGGGGUGGGCCUGGCAGCUGUGGUGGCCUCCUGCCUGUCUUCAGGCUUCGCAGGUGUCUACUUCGAGAAGAUCCUCAAGGGUAGCUCAGGUUCCGUGUGGCUGCGCAACCUACAGCUGGGCCUCUUUGGCACGGCGCUGGGGCUGGUGGGACUCUGGUGGGCAGAGGGCAGCGCCGUGGCCCGCCGGGGCUUCUUUUUUGGGUACACACCUGCUGUCUGGGGCGUGGUGCUCAACCAGGCCUUUGGUGGGCUCCUAGUCGCUGUGGUCGUCAAGUACGCGGACAACAUCCUCAAGGGCUUCGCCACCUCCCUGUCCAUCGUGCUGUCCACUGUUGCCUCCAUCCGCCUCUUUGGCUUCCACGUGGACCCAUUGUUCGCCCUGGGUGCCGGGCUUGUCAUCGGGGCCGUCUACCUCUACAGCCUCCCUCGAGGUGCAGCCAAAGCCAUAGCUUCCUCUGCUGCUGCCGCCGCAGUGGCGGCCACCACCUCGGGGCCCUGUACUCACCAGCAGCCUCCGGGGCAGCCACCGCCCCCAGCGGCCCAUCGCGGAGACAUCAGCAUGGAGCCCUUUCUGCCAAAGUUGCUCACCAAGGUGAAGGGUUCGUAGCAGCUGGGACUGAAGACGCUGGCCUGGCCUCCUCCCCUCUUGCCCAGGCCCAGCCGGGGCCGAGCUCUCUGAUCAGUAUUAGGGCUGUGUUUGUAUGCAGGGGGAAACAUAGACACUGAAGCCCCCCCCCCGCCCCCAUGCAGGGCUGACCUGGUAAUGAGGGCUCACAGGGGCCCCACCUCAGCCUCCAGCCCCUGCUGCUGCCCCCCCCCCCCGUGCCUGCCACCCCACUCUCUCUUAGGUGAGUUUCUCCCCCUUUUUCAAAUAAAAUCUGUUUUGCAUUUUGCCGG